AAAAACCGAAAUAAUUGAUUAUGUUCUUGGGAAGUGAGUUUGACGCACCUGUAUUGCAUAAUUCGAAUUAUUCGACCAGCAGAGCGCUGUACUGACGUUAUUCAGCAGCUGUCAGCUGUGUUCGUGAUCAAAACAAACUCAACCAUUUCAGCGGCAAAACAAGUAAGUGCAGCUUGUGUGAAUUUGGUUUAUUUCGCGUUAACAGUCAAUGGACAAUUGAACGUGUUGUUAUGUAUAUUGUUUGACAAAAAGCUUUCUAUUACCUGCUACUGAAGAAGCAUUUUAUAUGGAUUACUCUGUAUAAUUAAAAGCUUCGUAACUAUUAUAUUAUCCUUGUGGCGCAGGAAGGAAAUCCAGUAGUGAAACUAGUUAAAAAAUUAGGUUGACCUGGUCUCACAAAAUGAGCGGCUUUGGUGUUCCAUUUGGCAACGAUUUACCACCACCCCUUAUACCACUGCCUAGUUGCCGCGCUCGUGUAAAACAACUGCAGGCUCGAUUAUUUAAUGAAGUUCCGCUGGCGACAAGCUACACAGCCUCCUGCCGACUAUGUUUGAGCAGCAACUUUGGUGAAAAAAGCACCACCAUCAUCGAAGGACAGCUUUGCGCCAUGUUGAGGCACGUAUUUCCUUUUCCGAUUAAGAAUCAAAUAGGGCUACCGAUGAACGUUUGUACUGAUUGUUACAAAUCAAUACAUAUGUUUUACGUAUACAGUCAUCAGGUCCGGAUGAAUCAGCAGAAACUGCAAGAAACGCUGGUGAAAGUAGAGUGCAUGGACUACAUUGACAUUAAUAAUGCUCAAUAUCCCUUCCCGAACCGCGAAGAAAGAGAAAGGAUGUUUGUGAGUGGUGACGAAUCUCAAAAGAAUGAUGAAGAUGAGAUCUUAAUUGAUACAGCCGUACAAUGCAAGCAAGAAGAUGAUGAAGCAGACCAUGGUCAGGAUCCACUUUUGUUGUUCAACGACGGAACGUCAUUGUCGCUUACAACAGAGAUUGGAACAGUUCAAACAGCUAGAGGUAGUUUGGGGCAUCAAGCGUGUAAUGUUGAUGGCAAGACAAAUGCCAAUGGAAACGUCACAAAUGAUCGAAACGCAGAAUCAUCUUCGCUAGAAUUGAGGAAGAAAACACAGGUUUCAUCCGUAGAAAAUGGGCAUAAAACACUUGAACAGAACACAACAGACCUUACAAACCGCUUGGGAGAGAAGCCGUUAUAUAUAUGUAGCAUUUGUAGUGAAACAUUUGAUAAACAGAAUCUGUUAACUUGCCACCAUAAAACGCACCUGAUGAAAGAAUGUCCAAUAUGCAAUCAAUCGAUUCAGUAUGCACUGCUGGCAAAGCAUGUUAUACAGGAACACGCGGAACGUGCCCGCCGGGAAAAAAAGUAAAAUAGAAAAUAGUAAUGCAAUUAACGAUUAAAGACUCUCUAGGAGUCGCGUUGCUG